AUGAAUUCUAUUUCUUUCUUUAUAUUAUCCAUUAAUUUCCUUCAUAUUUAUUCGUCAACAAAAACAUGUUAUGGUCCUUGUAUUACUGCAUCAAGUAUCGAAGCAUUAGAUCAAGAUCUACAACUAAUUCAACCAUUACCUAUUGAUUGUGGUAGAUUAUCAUGUGAAUUUUAUUUAAGUCCAAGUUCAGCAUUAGGCUCACAUGGUCCAUUAAGUGCUUAUGGUCCAUUAGGAACAAUGGGUCCAAUUGGACACCAUCUAUGGAAUCCAACAGCAUGGAGAUCAGAAUCACCAACACUAAUUGAUCGAACUACAUCUCAUAUGUUAUUUGGACUUUCUAAUAAUCCGCUUUCUUCAACAGGACCCUUAUCAUCAGAUUCUUAUCAUUCAAAACUUCCAUUAACCAAUGAUUUUGGUAAACAUUUACGAGCAUUUGGAUUAUGGAGUGUUUUAGGUCCAUUUGGACCAUUAGGUGCUUUAGGUCCAUUAGGAGCUCUCGGACCAACAGGACCUUAUAAUACAAUGAAUUUAGAAGGACAUCAUAGUGUUCAAGUGAAAUGGACAGUAAAUGAAACUCGUUAUUUUGAUUUAGUUGAAGUUCUUGAUGAAUCCCAUGUUCAAGAAGAAUUAGAUUGUUCAUUUAUGAUAGUUGGUGUUAUCAGACGAAGUGAUGAAACAGAUAGUUAUUUUUUUAAUUGUAAGACAAAUCAAUUUGUAACUAUUGUUCUUGUACCUGAACAUAGUCUUGAUUAUUUUAAUAUGACACUUUUUUCUCAUACAAAUGUUUCCGAAGAAAUUGCAUCAAGUAAUUCAAUGAGAUAUAUUAAUUUUAUUCAAUUAGGAUUAAUAAACAAUAAUGGAACAUUUCGUAUUGAUGUGAAUCUACAUGAAAUGCAUCAAUUUCUUUUAUCACAUUCAUAUCGUUUGAUUGUUACUGGUUCUCAAGAUUUACUUGAUUUAAAAGAAGAAAUAAACAAUAUACAAGGACCUCAUAUUAUCAAUUGUUAG